CGGGGCCGCCACAUAAUCCUCCAUCUUCAUCAUCCUCAUCUUCUUCUUCUGCAACAUCUUCUUCUUCAACCCACCAAACCCCUCAGGCUUCCGUGAAAUGGGCCGAGCUCUAGCGCCUCUCCCGGCCAACCUCACCUUCCUCUCUCUCCUCCUCCUCUUCCUCCCUCUCGCCGCCCGGCUGCGGCCCCUCGAAGCGCUAGAUUUCCAGCUCGGCCCCUUUGAUCCCUCCUCCGACUACAAAACCUUGGAGGUCGUCUAUCCGGCCACCAUCGCCAACAAGGCCCUCCAGGUCACCCCCGACUCCGCAGGCAACUUCACCCUCCAGAACCAGUCCGGCAGGAUCCUCUACAGGCAGGGCUUCAAGCUCUGGGACGGACCCUCCACGGCCCCCACCAAGCUCGCCUCCUUCAACACCUCCUUCGUCAUCAACAUCUUCCGGGUCAACGGCAACAGCACCCCCGGCGAGGGCCUGGCCUUCAUCGUCGCGCCGGACCUGAACCUCCCGGCGGGGAGCUCCGGCGGCUACCUCGGGCUCACCAACGCCACCACCGACGGUCACGACAGCAACCGCCUCCUGGCCGUCGAGUUCGACACCUUCAAGCAGGACUAUGACCCGGACGCGAACCACAUCGGCCUCGACAUCAACUCGGUCCGGUCCAGCCAGAACGUCUCGCUGGCGGGCCUGGGCUUCCAGCUCGCUCCUAACGUUACCAAAUUCUUCCACGUCUGGAUCGACUACGAUGGCGGCGGUAAGGUCCUGAAGGUCUACAUGAUCGACGAGGACGAAUCCACCCCGACGAAGCCCAAGCCGGCUUCUCCAAUUAUGAAGGCUAGCCUCGACACGAGCAAGGUGGUGAGCCAGAACUCCUACUUCGGCUUCGCCGCGUCGACCGGGGGGAACGUGGAGCUCAACUGCGUGCUGAGUUGGAACCUGACGGUGGAGGACCUGCCGAAGGACGGGGACCUUCCGGCGGGGCUGGUGAUCGGGCUGGCCGUCGGGAUCCCGGCGGCGGCGGCAGUUCUGGUCGGGGCGGCCGUCUUGGGCUUCCGCGUGAGGCGGCGGAGGGCGGCGGCGAACGACCCGAACAUACUUGGGACGCUGAAGAGCUUGCCGGGGACGCCGAAGGAGUUCGAGUUCCGGGAUCUGAAAAGGGCGACGGGGAACUUCGACGAGAGGAACAAGCUGGGGCAGGGAGGGUUCGGGGUGGUGUACAAGGGGGUGUUGGCGACGGAGAACCGGCAGGUGGCGGUGAAGAAGUUCUCGAGGGGCGACCUGAAGAGCAAGGACGACUUCUUGGCGGAGCUCACCAUCAUCAACCGCCUGCGCCACCGGCAUCUCGUCCCCUUGCUCGGAUGGUGCCACAAGAAGGGGAUGCUGCUCUUGGUCUAUGACUUCAUGCCGAACGGGAGCCUCGACAGCCACAUCUUCUGCGGCCCGGAGAGGCAGACCCUUGGGUGGAGCCACCGCUACAAGAUCGUCUCCGGCGUCGCCUCAGCCCUCCACUACCUCCACGACGAGUACGACCAGAAGGUCGUCCACCGCGACCUCAAGGCCAGCAACGUCAUGCUCGACUCCAACUUCAACGCCCGCCUCGGCGACUUCGGCCUCGCCCGCGCCAUCGACAACGAGAAGACCUCCUACGCCGAGCUCGAGGAGGGCGUCCCUGGGACGGUCGGCUACAUCGCCCCCGAGUGCCUCCACACAGGCAAGGCCACCCGGGAGUCCGACGUCUUCGGCUUCGGCGCGGUCAUCCUCGAGGUGGUGUGCGGCCAGCGCCCGUGGAACAGGGCCGGGUUCGGCGGGUUCCAGUUCUUGGUGGACUGGGUGUGGUCGCUCCACCGCGAGGGGCGGAUCCUGGAGGCAGUGGACGAGCGUCUGGGUGGGGACUACGCGGAGGAAGAGGCCCGGCGGUUGCUGCUCCUCGGGCUGGCUUGCUCCCACCCGACCGCGGCAGAGAGGCCCAAGACGCCGGCGAUCGUGCAAAUUCUCUCGGGGUCGGUGGACGCGCCGCGCGUCCCGCCGUUCAAGCCCGCGUUCGUUUGGCCCUCGGCGAGCCCGCUGAUGGAAAUCGGGGAUACCACGGACGUGACGCCGAUGACGUCGUCGCAGUUCGGGUCGGGCUGGACGCCGAGAUACGCGAGUAAAGAAAGUGACGCAGGGUACAAUAACAGCUCUCCUGUGUAGAAGUAGAACUGCAACAGUUCUGCGGGA